AUCAGGAAACAUGAAAGAGAGAAGAGGGCUGUGUGUGAAGAAAAAAAAAUCGACUGCUGGAAACCUCAUCAACCAGGGCACAGGGGAGGAUAAAUGGCAACUUGGUGUCUGUGCUGGGGAGGCAAUGGGGAGUGGUGGGGCCUGUGGUGAACUGGAGACUCCCAACCCCAUGCUGAGAGCGUGGCUGCUCAUCAGCUCCAGCUGGUCACUACCUUGCAGGGAUGAGGGCCCAUGUAGCCAGACCACCUGCCUUUUAUGAGAAAUGGGAAAUCCAGACUGUGGUUUGAAAUCCCCUGAUUUUAAAAUUUUGGCGAAUCCAAAACAUUAUCUGGCCAAAGGGAUUACAGUCAAAAGCUGCCUGGUCCUGGGAUUUAUGCAACCAGUUUACUGAUCACUCUGCAGCAGGUGGGCUGCAAGAAUUAAAUCACUGGACUUCUCUCCCAUCCCUGCCUUUAACCUUGUUCCACCAAAUCAAUCUCUCCUCCCCCUCCUAAGGCCCAGGUGAGGCAGAUCACGCAGGUUCCCAUCUUCCCUGUGAUGAGGGCAGUCGCAACGGAUCAUUGCUACUGUGUUCAGGUAAGAGGUCCCAGUGCAGCCAAAGUCCUCCCCAAGGCCCACAGUCCACUCUCUCCCUUCUGCAGGCUCCUCCCUCCUCCCCUGGCCACUCUAGGGGAAUGCCCAGCAGGGGAAGAGGCUCAGAGUCUUGGAUUGGACAAGGUGGGUGUGAGGCAGCUGGGUCUAGACUGGCAGUGCCCUCUGAGGGGCGUGAAUGUGGGAUCUUGGGACCUGCAGGGACCAAGAACCCCUGUGCCCUGCUGCUCUCCCAGGCCUCCCUCCACUCCCUCCACUGACCUCUGUCCUCACCUUUCUGCAGGUGGGGGGCUCCUCUUAUGCCCCCAGCUCCAAAGGACAGAGGCCAAACCUUCCCAAGCCUCCCCUACCCCAGUGUCUGGAUUGGGCAGCCCAGGGGGAUCAGAGCCAGCUUCCCUCCUUACAGGCUUCUAGGUCUCCGUGAGGGGGUCUCUCAGAGCCCCAUGGCUGGGCUAGGUCCUGGGAUGGGGGUUGAGGCAACUCCCCCCAUCUUCCAGAAGGGGGGGAAAUGACCCAGCCCCAUUCCUCCGCAAUUCUCCUGCUUCUCAAACAUUUGGUUUCUGCAUCUGAGGCUGGCUCAGGUAGUGGGGAGGGGUCUUGGGUUGGGUCUCACCUUCUCAGGUAGGCCCUGGACAGGGCACCAACAGUUCCGUGCUGAUCCUUUUACCCUGAUGGUUCUUAUCAUGCACUUUCCCAGGCUGUGGGGCUUUGGACAGUGGGAUCGCCCUUUCUGCCAGCAUGUGGCCAGGCGUGCAUCUGGAAACAUCCCUUUAGCUUGGGAAAUGGAUUGGAGCAGCUGAGGGCUGAAUGCUGGCUGGGUCUCGCUGGAGGACUUGAGGCCCUGCCCACUGGAGCCAUUGGGAGAAGCUGGGGCAGGAGGUGGCAGGAAGGGACACUACUGUUUUGUUGGCCCUGGGGUUGGGGGGGUCUCAGGGUUCUGUGAGUGGCUCCAGGCUAGUCCCUGGUCCCCAGGGGGCCUUUCAGGGAAGGGGCCAUAGGAAAAGGUGGCCCUCCUUCCAGCCCUGCCUGACCUUCCCCUGCACCCGCCCUCCGCCCACUUCCCAGGUGGGCUGGCUGCUCGGAGUCUCAGUCUGCUCACCCCCAGGCCCUUCUUCACACACUGGUACCCGCGAGCCUCUCUGAGGGCCCAGGUGCCAGGAUGGGGCUCCAGCAAUGGGCCCAGCACAUCCAAGUCCACUGCCCCACCUCACCCUCACCUGCAGCUGGGAGGGAGGUCUGCAGAUCUUCCAGGAGAAGGCUGGCCAGGUGUGGAGCAGUGGCAGGCCCAGCCAUUCAUCUGCCUUCGCAGCCCUCCCUGCAGAGGAAGUUUCUGGGGCUCAGGAAGCCCUGGGCUCUGACCUGCUGCUCCAUGCUGAAUUCCCACCUGCUCCCACACCAUGAGUGACCCUAAAAUCCCCUCCCUACCCCUUCCCAGACCCAGAGGGCUCAGCAGGAGACACUGAGUGGGAGGAGGAGGAAAUGGAGGCCAGCAGGGGCUGAGCAGCUCCCCAGUUCGAUCCCAAGGCUGAGUAGGGCUAGUGCCAGCCCCGUGGGCCAGAGGGGGAUGCCAGCAACCACACACCUUGGUGGGAUGCCCUUCACCUUCCAAUCUCCAAGUGGCCAUGGCCUCAUGCACAGUGCAUCCGUGGGGCCUCCAGAGUUGGCCCGAGCGGCUGGCGCCCUAAUUCCUUUAGGCUGAAGCCCAGGAGUGUUUGCCACCCCCACCUCCCACCUGAUCAGUGACCAUUUGGGGUGUGAAGACAACAAUUUCACAGCUCUGAUGAUCAGAAACGAUGUAAUGGCCACAGGCGGCUCCGCCUGCGUCAUCCAUGAGUUCAUCACACACCUCGGGAGGCUCAGGGUGACAGACAGUGCAUGCAAGGUCACCCAGCCAGGAAGUGGCCAGGACGGAUGUUAGCUCAGGCCUGACCAGCCCCCGGGGCCGCACUGCUGUCUUCCCGCUACCCUGCCUCUGGGUCUGUCCUGUUAUCCAGGCUGGUGGGGGAAGCUCAGGCUGCAGGGUCAGCUCCUGCUCUCCUCCCACACCCUCCAGCCUGGUUCAAGCCAUAGGCACCAUCCAGGUCUUCGUCCUCAUGCCCAGAGCCAGGCUCUGUGCCCAGCUUGUUGCAGGUCUCAUCAAACCCUGACACGGCCUUAGGAGGCAGCCCCAUUGCCAUCUUCACUUUACAGAGGAGGAAACUGAGGCUCAGAGAGGCUCCCAGCUUGUGAGAGGAGGGGUCUGAGUAGGUGCGCCUGACUCCAAAGCCUGUGCUCAUCACAGUUCCCAGGGAUCCGCUCUAAGCCAGGCCCCUGUGGCCACCCAGCCCCUAGCCCCGUAGAUCCCACCCCAGUGGGGCCCCGGGGGCACAUACCUGGGUGGGCUCAGCAGCUCCCUCUGCAGGUGGACCCAGGGUGCGGUGAGAUUGGGAGCACUGCCCAGUUCCCCACACUCACCUUUCGCAACCCAACCAAUGGCGCCAUCGAGCAGGAAGGGUGAGAAAGAGGACACAGGAAGCCAGAGUGGUGGGGCUGCAGGGUGGGGGCAGGCCAGCUCAGCAGAGCCUGGGGCCAGAGGGCCAGACAGCCACAGAGCUCCUGGCGUGGGCAAGGCUGGCCAAGGAUGGCGACGCCCAGGGGCCUGGGGGCCCUGCUCCUGCUCCUCCUGCUCCUGACCUCAGGUCAGGAAAAGCCCACCGAAGGGCCAAGAAACACCUGCCUGGGGAGCAACAACAUGUACGACAUCUUCAACUUGAAUGACAAGGCUUUGUGCUUCACCAAGUGCAGGCAGUCGGGCAGCAACUCCUGCAAUGUGGAAAACUUGCAGAGAUACUGGCUAAACUACGAGGCCCAUCUGAUGAAGGAAGGUUUGACGCAGAAGGUGAACACACCUUUCCUGAAGGCUUUGGUUCAGAACCUCAGCACCAACACCGCAGAAGACUUCUACUUCUCUCUGGAGCCCUCUCAGGUUCCGAGGCAGGUGAUGAAGGACGAGGACAAGCCCCCUGACAGAGUGCGACUUCCCAAGAGCCUUUUUCGAUCCCUGACAGGCAACAGGUCUGUGGUCAGCUUGGCCAUCACCAUUCUGGACAUUGGUCCAGGGACUCUCUUCAAGGGCCCCCGGCUCGGCCUGGGAGAUGGCAGCAGCGUGUUGAACAAUCGCCUGGUGGGUUUGAGUGUGGGACAAAUGCGUGUCACCAAGCUGGCUGAGCCUCUGGAGAUCGUCUUCUCUCACCAGCGACCGCCCCCCAACAUGACCCUCACCUGUGUAUUCUGGGAUGUGACUAAAGGGCCCACUGGAGACUGGUCUUCUGAGGGCUGCUCCACGGAGGUCAGACCUGAGGGGACCGUGUGCUGCUGUGACCACCUGACCUUUUUUGCCCUGCUCCUGAGACCCACCUUGGACCAGUCCACGGUGCAUAUCCUCACACGCAUCUCCCAGGCGGGCUGUGGGGUCUCCAUGAUCUUCCUGGCCUUCACCAUUAUUCUUUAUGCCUUUCUGAGGCUUUCCCGGGAGAGGUUCAAGUCAGAAGAUGCCCCAAAGAUCCACGUGGCCCUGGGUGGCAGCCUGUUCCUCCUGAAUCUGGCCUUCUUGGUCAAUGUGGGGAGUGGCUCAAAGGGGUCUGAUGCUGCCUGCUGGGCCCGGGGGGCUGUCUUCCACUACUUCCUGCUCUGUGCCUUCACCUGGAUGGGCCUUGAAGCCUUCCACCUCUACCUGCUCGCCGUCAGGGUCUUCAACACCUACUUCGGGCAAUACUUCCUGAAGCUGAGCCUGGUGGGCUGGGGCCUGCCCGCCCUGAUGGUCAUCGGCACUGGGAGUGCCAACAGCUACGGCCUCUACACCAUCCGUGAUAGGGAGAACCGCACCUCUCUGGAGCUAUGCUGGUUCCGUGAAGGGACAACCAUGUACGCCCUCUAUAUCACCGUCCACGGCUACUUCCUCAUCACCUUCCUCUUUGGCAUGGUGGUCCUGGCCCUGGUGGCCUGGAAGAUCUUCACCCUGUCCCGUGCUACAGCGGUCAAGGAGCGGGGGAAGAACCGGAAGAAGGUGCUCACCCUGCUGGGCCUCUCGAGCCUGGUGGGUGUGACAUGGGGGUUGGCCAUCUUCACCCCGUUGGGCCUCUCCACUGUCUACAUCUUUGCACUUUUCAACUCCUUGCAAGGUGUCUUCAUCUGCUGCUGGUUCACCAUCCUUUACCUCCCAAGUCAGAGCACCACAGUCUCCUCCUCUACUGCAAGACUGGACCAGGCCCACUCCGCAUCUCAAGAAUAGGAAGGCAUGGCCCUGCAAUAUGGACUCAGCUCUGGCUCGCUGUGUGACCUUGGGCAGCUCCGUGCCUCUCUCUGUACUCCCUCAGUUUCCUUCUCUGUACAGUGUGUCUGGGGAGGGAGAGGAUGGGACCAGGUUGGACCACGUGGCAUCAGAGGUCCCAUGCAGAUCCAACUAUAGGUCCAAGAGUCCACGUAAGCAGGUUUGCAAGGCUCUAAAGUUCCUAUAGUCCUGAGACCCCCUGCCAGCAAAGAGUGACAGUCACUUCCAUGCCCUGCCCUCAUUGCAAAGCCCUCACUCACCUUCUGGUCUCAGCAAGGGAGGAGAGUCUGUUGCUGGCGUAGCCCUGGAAGGAGCCCCCAGCCUCUCCCCUCCUCCUCCUUGUCACUGGCCUCCCACAACUCCCCUUCUGGCUGCCUGUAACCUUGAGGGACAUUCAGGAGGCCAGCGUUCCCUCAGGCAUUGGGGGUUUGUUUUGUGGGGUGGAAGUUGAUCCUCCCACCCAGUCUGCCCGUGGUCUCUGCCCAUCCCAUCAGAGCCCACCCUCCUGGAAGAGACCCCCGCGUUCAGAGUGCUGGCAGCCCUGCACGUGUCCAGGGACACUGCAUUUCAAAGAACCACUGAGUGGGUGAGCUACCUUGGGCAAACCCCCCACUCCUGACUCUGACUGCCACGUGGGUGGCCCGACCUCUGACCUGCUGUCAUCAUAGAGGUAGAAAGCAAACAAUCUGGGGCUCAGCACACCUGGGGGUGCUCCCACUCAUUCAGUGUGUGGGGCCCCUGAGCAGAGGCUGGGCAUUGCCACUAGAACCUGAGCUCCUAGAGAACAAGGACCUGGGUGGCCUCACUUACUGUUCCAGCCCAGGCCGAGCACAGGGCCUGGCUCGUGGCAAACCUUGAAUAAAUAUUUGUUGGCUGAA